CGAUUAAAUAGCUCCGGAGAAACAGAUAACCUCGACCCAUUCCUUUCGCCGCCCGCCGUCGUAGUGCAAGGCGCCUCCGUUUCCGCCAGAUUUCGCUUGACCUUGCUUCUCCAGAUCUGUUCCUUCAACAUGGCGUCCUCUUCAGUUAAGGGCGCCAACCAUCACAUGCGUCAAGGUACAACACUUCGUGAGGAAAAAGCUGGCAUAACUCAAGUAGACAUGAGUUGCAUUUUGAAAACACAACAUCUCCAGCGCCUGGCAGCAUGGGCUAGUCAAGAGGCCAGAAUAAGUCCCCUUGCCGCCCUUUUGGGACAGAAAUUGGCUUCUGAAGCUGAGGCUUCAAGCAUCCCUUUAGACUCCUCGAUUUUUCUUUGUGAGAGAUGCGAAACCGUGUUGCAACCUGGAACUAAUUGCACUAUAAGGAUAGUAAAAGUUGCCAACAAAAAACGAAGACGUAGUGAGAAAUCACGACGACCUUGUCAGAACAAAGUUACCUAUACAUGUCAUUUUUGUUCUCAUCAGAACCAAACAUGGGGCACAGCCAAAGGCCAAGUUCAUGCUCUGGUAGCUUCACGACAGGUUCAAACUCCAAAACCAGAUUCUUGCAACUCCAUAAGUCACUCGAAAGACAAAUAUAGCAAGGGCAUUAUGAUCUCCAAGGAGCUUCAGCAUGAUGCUGGAAGGCAAAAUCCGUCCAAUCCAGAGGCCCAAUCCGAGCCAAAAUCCAGCACUCCUGAAAGGAAGGUAGCUGAAUCCCAGUGCUCGGUUACUCCAUCAAUCAAACUGGCUAGCAAAUCUAGCAAAAAGAGCAACAGCGGCUGCUCUAGACCUGACAAGGUCAGAAGCAAUUCAGCAGGUGAUGAUGCUUCAGGAAAAAUGAUUGGAACAGGUUCGAGAAAGCAGCAGAGAAGAAGAUCCAUGAGCUUGCGGAAGAUGGUUGAGAAUGAUUUUAAAGAAAAAAAUGUUACUAAUUUGGCUAUUCCAUUUCAUUUGUAGACACGGUUGUAGAAGCUGUUGUUCUGUAUCCAUGGCAUAUCUACUAGACAGUUUUUUUUUCCAAGGAGAAUAGCUUGUUAUUGUAUUGGUUGGAUGAGUAAAUAAUUACUGUGGGGUUUAAUCU